UUUUUUUUUUUUUUUUUUUUGCAAGCAAGCAAAGUCUUUAUUACAGGAAAGCAAAUAGCUCCCAGGACAGCUGGGAGCAGGGGGAAGAGCCCCUCUCUAUUGCUUUAUAGGGGUUUUUAUCCCUUAAAGACGGCGGGUACCAAUGUGGGGUCCAGAAAGAUGUGUUUUCUCCCAUUGGCCUUGCCCCAUGACCUGUAUCAGUCCUUCUCCAAUAGGGGUCUUACGGGUGGAAAUGUCCUAUAAGUCUCAUGGUUUCUUUGUCCUUAUCUUCCUGUAAACUGAGUCAUAGGGGGUUAGAGAUUAAUGUCCAUCUGGGCUUAGGUACACUCCCUAGAGUAAACUAGGGGGAAAGCACUACUUUAAAACUGUGUUCAAUCCCAGGUUAGCCACCAGUUCUGUCCUCUUGAACAAGUUAUAUAACCUCUCAGAACUUUAAUUUCCCCUCUGUAAAAGUUGGAUAAUUAUUGCAUUUACUUUACAGUGUUGUAAAGGUUAAAUAAUAAUAUGUGAAGGGUAUAGCACAUUCACUAGCAUGUAAUUGGUGCACCUUACAAAUCUUAGCUAGGACUCAUAAUAAUAGAGUUAAAAAUGCAGAGACUAAUAAGCAUAAAUGUCCUGGAAACAUGAAGAAAACUAGCUGCUUCGAGUGUAAGAUUCAUGUGUGAGGAUAGUUGACUUAGUUUUUUUGGACUGCUAUAACAAAAUACCAUAAACUGGGUGGCUUUUAAAUAACAGAAAUUUACUUCUCAUAGUUUUGAAAGCUAGGAAGUCCAAGAUCAAGACUCUGGGAAAUUCAGUGUCUGGUGAGGCCCUCUUCCUGGUUCAUAGAUUAGUUGCCUUUUUGCUGUGUCUUCAUAUGAUGAAAGGGCCACGGGAGCUCUCUGGGGCCUCUUUUACAAGAGUCCAGGUCUGGGGCAGGAACUGUUGAACAUAAGCCAGCAGUGGCUUGUGGUAUCAGAAAGAAAAGCUAUGAAAGAGCACUAAUGUCAUAGCAAACAUAGGGGUUCAGGACUCAAAAGCCAAUUUGAAUGUUUCUACCAACCACAGAUGGGACAAUAUGAGUAUCACUAAGGAUAAAACUGCAUUGAAUUGAAGCACAUAAAAUAUGUUUAAAUCCAUGAAUUCAUAAUGAUACGCAAAUAACUCAGUGCUUUUGUAAUGUAUGGACCUUAUUUAGAUCUCAAUUCGAACAAACUGCUUUUUAAAAAUGAAUAGGCUAGAGAAAUGUAAAUACAUCUUUGAUGACAUUAAACAAUUAUUGUUAAUUUAUUUUAGAGGUAAUAAUGGUAUUGUGGUUAUGUUUAUUUCAGAGUCUUUAUCUCUUAGAGAUACACACUAGAAUAUCUCUAUAUGAAAUAAUCCAAUGUCUAGUGUUUACCUCAAAAUAAUCUGGGUAGUGGGAGUGUAAAUAAAGCAAGAUUGACCAGAGAGUUCCUGUCGUGGAGCAGCGGAAACUAAUCUGACUUGGAACCAUGAGGUUGCAGGUUUGAUUCCUGGAUUUGCUCAGUGGGUUAAGGGUCUGGCAUUGCCAUGAGCUGUGGUGUAGGUCGCAGACACCGCUCGGAUCUGGCGUUGCUGUGGCUGUGGCGUAGGCCAGCAGCAAUAGCUCCGAUUGGACCCCUGGCCUGGGAACCUCCAUAUGCCAUGGGUACGGCCCUAAAAAGACAAAAAAAGAUUGACCAUAUAUUGUAAUUGUUGAAGCAGGAUAAUGGUUUCAUGAGGGCUCAUUUUAAUUUUAUCUCUAUUUUUAUACAUGUUUAAAUUUUUCCGUAAUAAAAGUCUUUUUUUUAAAAGCGACAUGGCCGCAAACGUGAAAUGAAUACAGUAUUAAACAUCAUAAUGAUAUAGACUCUCCACAAAUUUGUAUAUUUUUGUGGGAGGGGAUAUAAUAACUUUAUUUAUAAUAUAUAUAGUAAUUCAAUAUCAAUAUAAAUAUAUCAAUUUAAAUAAAAACUGACAGAAUUUUUCAGGAAACUCGAUAAAUUGAUUUAAAACCCUAUAAAGAAAAGUUCACAGCACAAAAUGUUGAGACAACUUUGAAUAGAAGAACAAACAUAGCAGUGGCAGAGGUGACUUAUCCUGUUAGACAUCAAGGCAUAUUUAAAGCCAUUUUCAUUAAAAAUGUGUGGAAUUGAAGGGGCAAUAGGUAAGAGAACAGAGGAAGGACCUCAGAUACUGACUCAUGAAUGUGUGGGAAUUCUCAGCUGGGUGAGAGUUAGGCAAUAGCAGGUCUUGGAUGAGUUCUGUUAAAAAGAGUAGGUUGACUUUUCCUAGGAAAUCAGAGGAAGCUGGGAUUUCAGGAACUUAAUCCUAACCUUUCCAUAACUAAAUUUUUCUACCUGAAACUUGGUGUUUUUAGGUAAAGUGAAUAAACAAAACGAUGAGGGAUUAAAGGGUACCCUUGUACUGAUGUUAUUUUGUUGAGUUUUUUUCUAUUGAUCUCCUCUAUUGGGGGCUCUUUUUGAUGAUUAACUGUACCCACUUUUCUCCAAAACCGUAGGGAGAGAGCCAGAGGUUGCUCAUCUAGUUACGUUUUAAAUGAAACUGAAAUGAAAGUUCACUUCCUCAUUGUGGAUACCUCAUGUGACAAGUUCCAAUUUCUUUUUAAAGUCUCUUUAACUGAAGUCUCUUUGCUGCCUUUGGAAUCUUUGGAGAGAGCCCACUGUCACGCAUUCUUUGUAUAGGAGCACCUGCUGGUUCUAUCAUAAUGAAAUGCCUGGUUUGGGUGCUCCUCCUGUGCUCCUCAGCGAUGGCACAGCUGCACAGAGACCCCACCUUGGAUCGUCACUGGGAUCUCUGGAAGAAAACCUAUGGAAAACAAUACAAGGAAAAGAAUGAGGAAGUAGCACGGCGUCUCAUCUGGGAAAAGAACCUAAAAACUGUAAUGCUUCACAAUCUGGAGCAUUCGAUGGGAAUGCAUUCAUAUGAUCUAGGCAUGAACCACCUGGGAGACAUGACCAGUGAAGAAGUGAUAUCAUUGAUGAGUUGCGUGAGAGUUCCCAGCCAAUGGCCGAGAAAUGUCACUUACAAGUCAAACCCUAAUCAGAAAUUGCCUGAUUCUAUGGACUGGAGAGAGAAGGGGUGUGUUACUGAAGUGAAAUACCAGGGUUCUUGUGGUUCUUGUUGGGCUUUCAGCGCUGUGGGAGCUCUGGAAGCACAAGUGAAGAUGAAAACAGGAAGGCUGGUGUCUCUGAGUGCACAGAACCUGGUGGAUUGCUCAACUGAAAAAUACAGGAAUAAAGGCUGCAAUGGCGGCUUCAUGACAGAGGCUUUCCAAUAUAUCAUUGAUAACAACGGCAUCGAUUCAGAAGCCUCCUAUCCCUACAAAGCCGUGGAUGGAAAAUGCAAGUAUGACUCAAAAAAUCGAGCUGCCACGUGUUCAAGGUAUACUGAACUUCCUUUCGCCGAUGAAUAUGCCUUAAAAGAAGCUGUGGCCAAUAAGGGACCUGUGUCCGUUGCUAUAGAUGCGAAGCAUUCUUCUUUCUUCUUCUACAGGAGUGGUGUCUACUAUGACCCCUCCUGUACUCAGAAUGUGAAUCAUGGUGUACUAGUGGUCGGCUACGGUAACCUUAAUGGGAAAGACUACUGGCUUGUGAAAAACAGCUGGGGACUCAACUUUGGUGACGGAGGAUACAUACGGAUGGCAAGAAAUAGUGAAAAUCACUGUGGGAUUGCUAAUUAUCCCUCUUACCCAGAAAUCUAGAGGAUAUCUUCAUUUUAUAACAUUUCAAGAAAGAAAAACACUUUCUCAUUAUUUUACCUGCUGUAACUAGAAGAAACAAGUGUGUCAUGAUCAAUGUAUAUCUACCAUACUAACAGAAAAUAUAGUUUGACGCAUCUACUUUUUUUACUUUGCAGAUCUUGAGGGAAAGUUUGCUAAGUAAAUUAAUAAUGUACUAUAGAUAUAACUGUAUGAAAAUGGUCAACCUGAAACAAUAUGUCAUGUUUGUCAUUGUCUUAUUUUAUUUGUUCAUUUUAGUCCCCUGAUUUCCUGUUGAACCUUAAUGGCAUAUAAAUGGUUAAUAAAUAUUUGUCUUUUCAAUUUUGUUACCAC